AUGCGCCAGUUGCUUCUUCUGCUUCCGCUACAGAUCAUCGUAAGCACACUGGGUGGCAGCCUUCCAUCAACGAAGAUGUCCACCUUCGAUGCUCCGAUUGUGGAUAUUCUCUGGCUGGGAGCCGACCGAAGGAAAGUCUUGCUGAAUACGCAGAAAGGCACCCUGUACGAAAGCUUGGAUGAUGGGAGAGACUGGGAACAGAAAUCUGUGCACUCGCUCAAAGUGGCGAGACUCAUCAUGAGUGCUGCGAAUGCCUCCACUGUGGUGGCGGUGGGUUUCAGGCUCGAGGUGUUUGCGAGUGUUGAUGCAGGGACGACCUGGAAAGAAGUCGUGCAUCCCCCAGGCAUCCGACUUUCCUUCAUGUUCCAUCCCACUCGAGCGAACUGGGCACUUCUCUCGGUGUGGACAGAAGACUGCAGGCUAAGCCUUCCUGGUAGCCCUUGCACCCACAAGCUGCUGGCCACAGAGGACCUGGGCGCCAAGCCGCUGAAGCCCAUCUCUGCGCAUGUAGUGCAGUUCAGCUGGGGCAGAGGCGACUACGCGGAUACCAUUUUCUACACCCACAUAAAGGACAAGAGCAAGAGACAGAGCAUCCUGAGCAAGUGGAUGGAAGGAGUGGACUUUGUCGCCAGUACCGACUUUGGGGAGAGCAAAACUACGCUUGUCCCGGGCGGGAACAAGUUCGUGAUCUCGGAGAAGUUCAUUCUAGUCGCCCAGGCGAAGGAUGUUUCUGCGCAGACGGUGAACCUAAAGGUCAGCACAGAUGGCUCAUGGUUUCGCAAGGUAGGAAAGCGCUUAGCUUACGUCCAGUGA